GUUGGUGCUUGUUACCAAACUGGGUUUGCUGCAAGUUCAGAGGAGGUGCAUUGCUUUAGUGUGGUGAAUUGCACAGCUUCUUUCUGUUGCUAAAUGACUUUCCUAUGUUCCUUUAUAACUGAUGGAAAGGAUUUUUGGGUUUUCUUGGGGUUUUGUCCCUGGUAAGUUUCUUAAUUCUGGAGAAGCAAGAAGAGGAAUAUGCUUUGAUUUCCCCCUUGUCCAACACCCAAGGGGGGUUUUAGUUUUUGGGAGGCACAGAGCUCAAGCUUCACCUCUUCCUUAAUAGAAGCAACCUAUAUUUUAACCCUUUGUGUGCUGUAUGGUGUCACAGGGAUUCCACCAAAUCAGAAAUCAGCUCUUGGGAUUUCUUUAGGAAGGUGCUGUAGAAUUCCUCUGUGCAUACAGUAGGUGAAAAGAGGAUGGUUAAUUUAAUUAUCAAAUUAAUUUAAUGUAUUUUUUUUUUGUCCUUCUGUAUGCUAUGGAGCAUCUUGAACUUCUCUUCAUUUUUAUUAAGGCAGGAAGAGCCAAGCCAGUGACUUUGAGUUGUGUGAUUCCCUCUGAGGAGCAGCAGGAGCUCGUGUUGGUGCCAUGGAAGUGGAGAAGAGCAGCAGGAGGAGCUGCUUCACUCAGACCUCCUGCCUGGGUGCAGAUUUAGGGGAGGACUCCCAGCUGGAGUAUCUCAGUGCUCACGAGGAGUACGAGGAGGAGAAGAGCAACUGGAGUGAGUUUUCUGAGCAGGAGGAGGUUGCAGAGGUGAAGGCCCUGCCACCCCAAAUCACAGCAGGGGAAGAAGAUUCUGGAAAGAGCCUCAGACCCAGCCAGAGCGUAGCAGUGGAGCCAGACAGAGAGGAGGCCCAGCCCUGCAAACACGGAGAGCCCUCCUACUUCAGCAGCUGUGAAAAACCAGCUCAUGGCACCAGCAGCGCUGCAGGGGAUGCUGAAACCCACCUCCCAGCCCCUGAAAUCCUCCCUGGCAAGAACCCUGUGGAAGCUGCAGAUAAAUCCUCUGCUGGGAGGCCAGAGCGUGGUGAAUCCCUGAGGAGUGUCCCCAGUGUGGCUGUGGCUGCUGCCUCUGAUCCCAGAGCUGCAUUCCCAGCCAGCAGAGGCAGCAGUGCCCAGGUGUGUCUGUGCUCCAGGGCAGUGAGCACAGAGGUGACCGUGGUGAGCAGAGCUCGUGUGGGGUGGCAGGGUCAGACCUCUGUGGAUGCUGCUUCCAACACGGAAUGCUCCACAGGAGCUCUCAGCUCACACCUGCAGGAGGAAUUCAAAGAUCAUCUUGGUUGGAAGACAGGCACCAACAGGCCAGCACAUCCCAACAAGCAAACUGGGAAGAAUUGUGGAUCGAGCUGCUGUCAGAACAUCCUGCAGAGAGCGAUUGAAGCAGAGCUGCAGCUCCUGGCCAUCCAUUACGAGAUGUGCUACCAGCACUGCUUGAAGGUUUAUGAGCUGGCUUUGGAGGAAAACACCUGUCUUGGGAGCUGUGAGAAGAAGGCUGAGUUAUAUUCAUCUCUGCUGCUGGCUUUGGAUGAACUGGACAAGAAUUACAGCACCAUGAGAAAGGAAAUAAACAUGGGCACGCCUUUAAAUGAACUUCCACCACUGUCAGUUGAGCUGAAGUUUCCCCCCCUCUCUUCCUUCUACAUUGCCUCCAAGUUUUUCAGAAAGAUUCUUUACUCUGAGCAGGUACAUGACAGAACACGUUCAGCGACCCCAUCCAGUGACUCUCUUGAUCUUUCAGGUGAAGGGAAAGCUGACUUUGAAGAACCAAAACAGCAAGAAAAGGGGAUUUCUGUCAAUAUGGACAACUCACAGACUGAUGGUGAUCAGCCAGGUGAUUCUGCUUCCCCUGAGAGGUGGGAAGAACUGAUUAAAGAUCAGGCUCUGGAACGUGGCUGUGUAAAAAAUGAGGAAGGAAGUGAGUAUUGGUUUGAUGCUAAGGAAGACUUGUCAGCGGCAGAUAUUUCAGUAAUGUGCAAAGAAAUGAAAAAGCAACAAGGAAAGCAAGACUCGAUUGACUCAAGAGAAGUGAAGAUAGUGGUGAGUGGGAAGGAACAUUCCUCUGUUCCUGUCAGUGACCCAAAGCCCUCAGUGCCUGAGGAUCCUGGCGAAAAUUCCCUGCAGAAAACAUCCACUUGUUCCUCUGUGAAGUCAUCUUGUAUCUUUGUUUCUCCUUAUGCACUGAACUUGAGCAGCUUUACCAAGUUAGUAAGGAGACUUCAAGAAAAGCAUCCCGAGUUCAGCAGAGCUGAAAUUGUGGGGGCUGUGCAGGAGGUGAGGAGAAUGAACAAAGGAGUGCUGAGUGGCCUGGCCAUCAGUGCUAUUGAGGAGAAGGCCUCUGCCAUUCUGAGGAGUUCCACACCCUACUCUCAGUUGGAGGAGCCCUGAGAAAGGCCCAAAGUUCUGAGUGCUCCCUGCAUUUUGGAUUCCAACAUCUGGAGUGCUUCGCUGCUGAACUGUGUGGAGAGCACAGUCACACACCUUCGGUGCACAGCUGACACCUACCGGCCAGGCCUUGUGUAGCCUCUGAUCCAUCCAGAAAUCCCAGCCCUGGCUCCCUUCUGCAUCCCAGCACUGAUGGUUCCUGUCUGGGGGCUCCUUUCUGCAUCCCAGCACUGAUGGUUCCUGUCUGGGGGCUCCUUUCUGCAUCCCAGCACUGAUGGUUUCUGGGCUGGAAACCUGACACAACCAGACUGUGCCUAGUCUUUUUCUCACACCAAUCCCUUUUGCACAAUCUCAUGGCACUGCAGGAAGCUGCAGCGAGCUGAAGGUGUGAAAUCACAGCCCAGAAUCCCAAAAAUUGUGUCUGUCCAUCCUUGCUUUGGGUACCUCCUAGCAGUGCCACUGCCAGGUUUCCUGCAGAAAGGAAAAAGUCUUUGUGUUAAUCUCCUGUCUGACUUUCACAGGGCUGCAGAUAGGGACAGGAACUCACCCCCGAAAUGUUAAAAUCUUAUGUUUGAAAGCGUUUUCAGUCAGUAAGGUUUUAACAGCCUUGAAAUGUGUUGUGCUUUCCUUGUGGAGUGAUUGUUAGGUUUUCCAGUGGUGCGUGGGCUCCGUAGUCCUAAUUGUUCCUAUUACAGUAUGUUUUUCCUGCUGUUUUUGUAUGGGAGAUGAUGACUUAUAAUAAUUUUAUUUUCCUCAUGAGGGAGGUGUGAAAUGGCCAAGUCAUUACUAAAUAAUGGGGAGAAAAAGAAUCCCCAUUUUCUAUAUUAAGGAACAAGUACACAAUACAUGUAAGAGAAGGUGAUUCUGCUCAGAGCUCACCUACAGUUACUCAGUCUCUCUGUUGUACUUUGUUCUAGACCCUGCUGCAAUUGUUGCUGGAAAGAACAGCCUUGUUUACUGUCAAUAAAGGUUAACAUUUGUUCU